AUGGCUCAGUCUGGAGACUUUCCAUCAAUAUAUGCAUUGAAACCAUGGACUGCCUUCGAAGAAUCUGAAUGUGAUUCUUAUUAUAUCGCGCCAGAUUAUUCUUAUGGCCUUAAAUAUAAUUAUAAGACUAUUGUAAUUCCAAAAGGUAAAAACGCAUGUGUUGAAGGAAGCUUUAUAUUAGCCUCAAAAUCAAAUUAUAAAGUUAUCUCAAAAAUUCCAGAAAAUUCAUCAAAAGGAUAUACAUGGAAGAAAAUCGAGUAUGAUAAUGCUCUUGCAGCUUUAGGAGCGGUGGAUUUCAAAGUUGAUGAUGAUUCAAUCGUGGGCUAUCAUUUAAUUUACAGAAAACCCGUUACAAAAAUUAUUCCAAAUGAUCAAAAUUCAGAAACAAAGGUUCAAAUUUUAGGCGUUAAUCCUUCAUAUUACAUUGAUUUAACACUAAAUGUGCUUGAUUCUAAAUAUCAUUUUAAGUUAGGAUAUAAAACCGAGGUCUCUUCAAAACCAGAGGACUCUUUUAAUGUAUAUAUAAACUGGAAAAUAAACGAUGCCUCGCAAAAAGGUGGAGAUAUUGAAGAAGUUAUCGUGAAUGGAAUUGCAUUUUACAAUAAAGAGAGAGAAUUUUCCUAUGAAAGAAGUAAAUACGCUGGAUUUACUUCAUCACUGGAAUGGAAGGAUCAAACAGCAAUGGAAGGAAUAAUCGGAAAAGCCAAAACUGCGAUAUUUUAUGCCUGGCUCAAUCUUAAAGAAUUAGGAACAGAUCCUCCAUCAAAACCAAAGUCUGAAUAUAACCUUGAUAAUAAAAUUAGCUUCAAACUGACAUCCAGUGCAAGUGCAGAUGAUGAAGAAGAAGAAACCGAAUUCUUCUUCCCUGAAUUUCAUGCGUCAUUGUCAACAGAGGGUGGCGUUUUCGAUAAAGACAAUAUUGAUCAAAAAUUCCCUGGAGAUAAAAGCAAAUUCCCUGUUUGGGCAAUUGUUGUUAUUGUUAUUGUCGUCAUUCUUGUUGUUGCAGCCAUUGUUGGUGUUUGCGUCUAUUUCUUCGUUAUCAAACCAAAGAAGGUUGGUGCAAGCCCAUCUGAUGGUGGUAAUGAACAAAAGGAACCAAAUAAUUAA